UAAAGAAAAAAGUCAAUAUCAAAUAUCAAUUGUAAAUUCCUGUUCAUUUUUCGAUCUAAAAUAAAAUUUUAUAAAAGUUUGUGUGAUUUUGUGGUAUAUUAUCUUACAUGGCUCUAAAUACUCGUUUAUUUGUGGGCAAUUUGCCAGAAAAUUUGAAUGAGGACGCUCUAAAAGAGGCAUUUUCUUCUUACGGAGAAAUAACAAACUUUGAUUUAAAAUGUAAACCUGGUUUAGAAGCUGAUAACAAGAAAAGAUUCGCGUUUAUUUCUCUAAUCGCGUCAAAUUUUAACGUGGAAUCAUGUAUAAAGUAUUUUUCAAAUGAAGAUUUCCAAGGAAAUAAACUAUAUGUUACAAGAGCUCGUGAAAGUUUUCUGGAAAGAUUGCAAAGAGAACGAGAACAAUUAAAGAAUAAAAAUGAUGAAAAGUUUCAAAAUCAAGAAGCACACCUGCCUAUUAAGAAAAAUCAUAUUGGAGAACACCGUAACACACAUAAAAGGAAGUUUAAUGAUGAAGACUUAAAUGAUAGUAAACAUAUUACUAAGAAAUCUAAAGAAAAACCUGCCUGUGAAAAUUUCCAGCACACAGUUUUAUCCAAACAACUGAAUCAAACCAACCAUUUCUCUAAUGAAAACCAGCUCAUUAAUACAAUUGACAAACAAAGUAGAAAUGCUGGGGAGAAAAACAAAAAAUAUGAUAAUUUAUUCCAAAACAAUGAAAAGAAACAAAACUCUGACAAGAAAAGGCAAGAGUCAAUAAAGAAGAAGAGGCAAGAAUUUAAUGAAAAGAAAAAUAUCAUAAAGAUUGGGUUAGUCAGUAUUGACAAGCAAUCCAAUAAGAAAAUAAUAUUUUCCGAUAAUGAAGAGGAUAGUACGGCUCAAGAAAACCCAACAGCAAACGGCCACAUUAAACAGAACAAUCACAAACCAACUUUAUUUGAUGAUGGGGGCAGUGAUGAUGAAAUAAAUUUUGAAGUCAAAAAACAAUAUGAAGGGAAAAAAGGUCAAAAAGUUUUAGAUUUACAAUCCAGAUAUAAAUCUGACAAACGUUUUGUCUUAGAUGAAAGGUUUGUUGAGGAUUCAGAAAGUGAAAAAGAUGAUGGCCAAAAUGAUGAAGAAGAGGUAGACUUGAAUCAAGCUGACGAAAAAUCUAGACAGUUGAAUACAUUGCAAGAUUUGCUUGGUGUUACUAUUAAAUCAAAAUCGACUGAUACAACAAAUAAAACUAAAACAAAAUUGGGGAUGCUACGUUUUGAUCCCACCCAACCAGAGCAUGCCAAGUAUUUAGUCCCAGUAACUGCAGAGGACCACACAAAAAAAUCGAAAAAGAAGAAAUCUAAAGAGAUUAAAGAUGUAGAAAGUCAAAAGGAGCCAGAGCCUGUUGUGGAAAAAGUUGAAGUAUCUAAGGAACAGUUUUACAAAAUAAGCGACAGUCUAAAGGAAACCAUGACACAGCCAACCACAUUUAGCUUGAGGAGCUUAUUUACAAAAGAAGAUGAUGACCAACAAACAGGCGCAACUGAAGAUGUUAAUUAUAUUCCCCUACCAACUAAAAAAGAUACCAAAGUUAAAAACCCUAUGGAACCAAGUGAAAAAAACCCAUUUGUGUAUGAUUCGUCCGAGUCUGAAAAUGAGGAAGACAAUACAAAUAAUAUGACACCUGCACCAGAGACUAAUGAAAUCAAAACAGUGUGGAGAGAAAAAUUGUUUUUUUCGAAAUCUGAUCAUCGAUUAAAAGAUGGUUUGAUUUUCUUCGGAAAGCCUUAUGAAAAUGGAGGUCAAAAGGAGAGAAGGGAAUUAAAAUCGCUAAUGAAAAAGAGAAUUUACAAUAAAGAGAGGAAGAAUACAAUGUUCCAGAAAAAAAUUGGUGGAAGAAAGAAGAGUAUGAGACAGAAAUUUAGAAAUUGAGUUUGAAAAUAAAAUACUUUAUAAUGUU